GGGACUGAUGAAAAUGGCGGCGUCUCGUCGCUCAUCCCAGCAGCAACAAUCGAACCUUUCAUCGCCACCAAGAACCUCCACUCAUACCCUCACUCCUCCGGGAUCACCCCCAGUGUCCGGAGGCUCGGCAGCAUCGCCAGUUCCUGCACCCGAGCAGGAGAGCGUCGUUGAUCCGGAGACAACUCCAGUCUCCCCCGACCUCCCUGCUCCGGCCCUGAGCAGUAGCAGCUCCACUAGUUCAUCCACAGCUGGCGGUAGCAGUAGUGGCUCCAGUCCGGAUUCAGGCAGUACCAGCCCUGGAGGCGGUGGCUGCGGGACAAGCGGAGCCUUUCGAGAGCUAUUUGAGGCCUGUCGCAAUGGGGACGUAUCACGGGUGAAGAGGCUGGUGGAUACAGUGAAUGUGAACGCUAAAGACAUGGCUGGUCGUAAAUCGACCCCGCUGCAUUUCGCUGCAGGUUUUGGUAGAAAGGACGUGGUGGAACAUCUCCUUCAGACAGGUGCAAACGUCCACGCACGUGACGACGGCGGUUUAAUUCCAUUGCAUAAUGCUUGCUCCUUUGGCCACGCUGAGGUUGUCAGUCUGCUGUUGUGCCAAGGAGCUGACCCAAACGCCCGCGAUAAUUGGAACUACACACCCCUGCACGAGGCUGCCAUUAAGGGGAAAAUUGAUGUGUGUAUUGUCCUGCUGCAGCACGGCGCCGACCCAAACAUCCGCAACACCGACGGCAAGUCUGCGCUGGACCUGGCCGAGCCCUCCGCCAAGGCCGUCCUCACCGGCGAAUACAAGAAGGACGAACUCCUGGAAGCCGCUCGGAGCGGCAAUGAAGAGAAGCUCAUGGCACUGCUCACACCCCUCAACGUCAACUGCCACGCCAGCGACGGCCGCAAGUCGACUUCGCAAAAAAUGCUGUCCACACCACUGCAUCUGGCGGCCGGCUACAACCGAGUGAGGAUAGUGCAGCUCCUCCUGCAGCAUGGGGCCGACGUCCAUGCCAAGGACAAAGGUGGCCUGGUUCCUCUCCACAACGCCUGCUCCUACGGCCAUUACGAGGUCACAGAGCUCCUACUCAAGCACGGCGCGUGUGUGAACGCCAUGGACUUGUGGCAGUUCACCCCUCUGCACGAGGCGGCGUCUAAGAACCGCGUGGAGGUGUGCUCCCUGCUGCUGAGCCACGGGGCCGACCCCACGCUCGUCAACUGCCACGGCAAGAGCGCCGUGGACAUGGCCCCCACGCCAGAGCUCAAGGAGAGGCUCACAUAUGAGUUUAAGGGCCACUCCCUGCUCCAGGCUGCGCGGGAGGCAGACAUGGCGAAGGUGAAGAAGACUCUGGCCCUGGAGAUCAUCAACUUCAAGCACCCGCAGACGCACGAGACGGCCCUGCACUGUGCGGUGGCGUCUCCUCACCCCAAACGCAAGCAAGUCACAGAGCUGCUGCUCCGCAAGGGAGCCAACGUCAACGAGAAGAACAAAGACUUCAUGAUGCCGCUUCAUGUUGCCGCAGAGAGGGCCCAUAAUGACAUCGUGGAAGUGCUACAAAAACACGGGGCCAAGAUGAAUGCGGUGGACACGUUAGGCCAGACGGCUCUUCACCGCGCGUCUCUAGCGGGCCACCUCCAGACCUGCCGGCUGCUGUUGAGCUUCGGGGCCGACGCCGCCAUCGUCUCCCUGCAGGGCUUCACCGCCGCACAGAUGGGCAACGAGGCCGUGCAGCAGAUACUCAACGAAAACAUUCCUGUGCGAAACUCAGACGUUGACUACAGACUUCUGGAGGCAGCAAAAGCAGGAGACCUGGACACUGUGAAGCAACUGUGCUCCCCUCAGAAUGUGAACUGCCGGGACCUGGAGGGUCGGCACUCCACGCCGCUGCACUUUGCCGCCGGCUACAACCGCGUCUCUGUGGUGGAGUACCUGCUGCACCACGGAGCAGACGUCCACGCCAAAGACAAAGGUGGUCUGGUGCCGCUGCAUAACGCCUGUUCGUACGGCCACUACGAGGUAGCAGAGCUGCUGGUGCGUCACGGGGCCUCGGUCAACGUGGCCGACCUCUGGAAGUUCACACCGCUGCACGAGGCCGCAGCCAAGGGCAAAUACGAGAUCUGCAAACUACUGCUCAAGCACGGUGCGGACCCGACCAAGAAGAACCGUGACGGCAACACGCCGCUGGACAUGGUGAAGGAGGGUGACACGGACAUCCAGGACCUGCUGCGCGGCGACGCGGCGCUACUGGACGCCGCCAAGAAGGGCUGCCUGGCCCGCGUGCAGAAGCUCUGCAGCCCCGACAACAUCAACUGCAGAGACACGCAGGGACGCAACUCCACGCCGCUACACCUCGCCGCUGGCUACAAUAACCUGGAGGUUGCGGAGUAUCUGCUGGAGCAUGGAGCUGACGUGAACGCGCAGGACAAGGGAGGCCUCAUCCCCCUACACAACGCAGCCUCCUACGGGCAUGUGGACAUAGCGGCGCUGCUGAUCAAGUACAACACGUGUGUGAACGCGACCGAUAAGUGGGCCUUCACCCCGCUGCACGAGGCGGCUCAGAAGGGCCGCACCCAGCUGUGUGCCCUGCUGCUGGCCCACGGAGCAGACCCCACCAUGAAGAACCAGGAGGGGCAGACGCCACUCGACCUGGCAACGGCUGAUGACAUCAGAGCGCUGCUGAUUGACGCCAUGCCGCCAGACGCGCUGCCCACCUGUUUAAAGCCCACAGCCACGGUGGUGAGCGCCGCCACAGCUACCGCCACCGCCACCGCCACGGUCAUCUCUCCCGCCUCAACGCCCUCAUGCCUCUCGGCUGCCAGCAGCAUCGACAACCUGGCCGGGCCCCUGGCCGAGCUGGCCGCCCCUGGGGCCUCUGGGCCCGCCGACGGGGCCACCGGCACCGACCGCAAGGUUGAGGGAGAGAUCACCAUUCUGGACAUGAACAUCAGCCAGUUCCUGAAGAGUCUGGGCCUGGAGCACCUGAGGGACAUCUUUGAGCGUGAGCAGAUCACGCUGGAUGUGCUAGCGGACAUGGGUCACGAGGAGCUGAAGGAGAUUGGCAUCAACGCCUACGGCCACCGGCACAAACUCAUCAAGGGCAUCGAGAGACUCCUAGGUGGACAACAAGGUGCCAACCCAUACCUGACAUUCCACUGUGCCAGCCAGGGCACGGUGCUCAUAGACCUGGCACCGGACGAUAAGGAGUUCCAAUCGGUGGAGGAAGAGCUGCAGAGCACUAUCCGAGAGCACAGAGACGGUGGGAACGCGGGGGGAGUCUUCAGCAGGUACAACAUAAUCAAGAUCCAGAAGGUGGUGAAUAAGAAGCUGAGAGAGAGAUACGCACACCGGCAGAAAGAGAUCGCAGACGAGAACCACAACCACCAUAACGAGCGCAUGCUCUUCCACGGUUCUCCGUUCAUCAACGCCAUCAUCCACAAGGGCUUUGACGAGCGGCACGCCUACAUCGGCGGCAUGUUCGGCGCGGGCAUCUACUUUGCAGAGAACUCCUCCAAGAGCAACCAGUAUGUCUAUGGCAUCGGCGGCGGCACCGGCUGCCCCACGCACAAGGACCGCUCCUGCUACAUCUGCCACAGACAAAUGCUGUUCUGCCGGGUAACGCUGGGCAAGUCCUUCCUGCAGUUCAGUGCCAUGAAGAUGGCCCACGCGCCCCCGGGCCACCACUCUGUCAUCGGCCGGCCCAGCGUCAACGGCCUGGCCUACGCGGAGUACGUCAUCUACCGCGGAGAACAGGCCUAUCCAGAAUACCUGAUCACCUACCAGAUUCUAAAGCCGGAGAGUACAACGCCGCCUACAGCCGCGGGGGAGCAGAAAUCUUAGUGCCCGGCCCCGGCCCAGAUCCGGCUCCGAUCCGGCGCCAGCCCUGUCCUCCUCAUGCCUCCCUGUUCGUCUGCUCCCUUCCCUCCCACCUCCAUAGACAUACAUAAAUACACUGUAUACAGGAUGUCCCAAAACACUUAUACGCAUUGUAGUCAUUUACAUAAUGUAGGCGUUUGUUACAUUUCAUUUCAUUCUCAAGUUGUAAUACAGUUUACAGACGUCUCUUGGUUGUUUUGUCACCGCCUACUGGUAUUCUCAAUUUGAUAGCAGUGCCUGUACCAGAAUGCUGGUCAGUUUGAGAACAAGGGGUGUCAAAACAAUGAAAUGAUGUCUGUAAAUUCUAUUACAUGUUGAAAAUGACGUGAAUCAACGCCUACUUAACAAUGAUUUAAAAUGUGAUAACCCCGUACAUAUACAGUAUUUAUUUAUGUCUAUGCUGCCCACCUCACCCAUUCCCCAUUCCCCUGGCCCCUGGCCGCUCUCCCCUUGUCCCUUCUCCCCUAGC